AUGAAGUGUCCUGAGGCUUUGACGGAGACAACAGGCAUGACCCCGCUGAUGUUCGCGGUGAAGGACAACCGGACCUCCUUCGUGGAGCGGCUCAUCGAGCUAGGGUCAGACGUCGGCGCCAGGAACAAUGACAACUACAACGUGCUGCACAUAUCGGCGAUGUACGCGAGGGAGGACAUCGUUAAGCUGUUGCUCUCCAAGAGAGGGGUGGACCCUUUUGCCACUGGAGGGAGCCGACAACAGACGGCAGUGCACCUGGUGGCCAGCAGGCAGACCGGCACCGCCACCAGCAUCCUGCGCGCGCUGCUCACGGCAGCCGGGAAGGACAUCCGCCUCAGGAUCGACGGGGUAAUGAGUUUGGCUUUUGUGAAUAGGAUAUCAAAAUAG